UUAAGACGUUGCUAAUUUCAAGAUUUCAAAGAGGAAAGAAGGAAAGUUUUAUAUGUGCAGGAUAUUUUUUCUUAGCUAAAACUCGACAGCAGUUUACAGUUAUCAUGAGCCAAAUUCUUCCAUCAGUUUCUCUUGUCUAAUUCUGACACCAAUUACUCAUCUAUUUACUAAUGCCAGAGAGUAGCUGAUGCCAGAAUUUGGCUAAGUAUGCCCUGAGACAGGCUUUAAUCAAAUCCUUUGGCUUAAAGAUUCACUUUUAUCCGCUCAUAAGUAUGUUGAUUGAACUCUUAAGAGGAAUACAAGAAAGGCAAAAUAAACACUACUCAACAUUCCCCAAGAUUUAUUCCCGAUUCACAUGAUAUAAAAAGGAACUCUGGAAGAUCAAACAUUGAACUGCUUCAAGAAUGCUUUGGCAAGCUGUCCAGGCUUUAUGGAAGAAAAUGACAGUGGUGAAAAAACUCAGCCCAUGCCCAGAAUAUGAAUGAAGAGAUACAAGUGUCCCUCAAAAUACUCCUUGAGACAGAAGAUCAUUGUCCUCUUCUUGACCCUUUGGUUGUUCUCUCUAUUAAAACUUCUGAAUGUUAAAAAAAUUUUAUUCCCUAAAAAGGACAUUUAUUUCGUGGAGCACUCUCUAAGCACCUCCUCUUUAGUUAGAAACAGGUAUGCCUAUGUCAGGAACGACUUCAAAUAUGAAAUCAACUGUUCUUAUAUUUACGAGCAAGAGCCAGGGGAAAUUGGCAAGACCUUAGAGAUAAGAAAAAAGGACAUCAUUGAUUUAGAUGAUGAAGAUGUCAUUGCGAUGACAAGUGACUGCAAGGUUUACCAGACCAUAAGAAGAUAUCACCUAAAGCCUGUUUCACCAGAGGAGGAAAGAUUCCCAAUAGCCUAUUCUCUGGUGGUUCACAAAGAAGCAAUUAUGGUUGAACGACUCAUUCACACGAUAUACAACCAACACAACGUUUAUUGCAUCCACUAUGACCUGAAGUCACCUGACACCUUCAAAUUUGCCAUGGACAAUUUAGCUAAGUGCUUUGCCAACGUUUUCAUUGCAUCCAAAUUAGAGAGAGUGGAAUAUGCUCACAUUUCCAGACUCCAAGCUGACCUCAAUUGCUUGUCAGACCUGAUGAAAUCUUCAGUUCCCUGGAAAUACGUGAUUAACCUGUGUGGACAAGACUUUCCUUUGAAGUCCAACUUCGAAUUAGUUUCGGAGCUGAAGAAACUCCAGGGGGCCAACAUGCUGGAGACAGUGAAGCCCAGCGAGAGCAAAAAGGAGAGGUUCACUUAUCACCAUGAACUGAAAAGCGUGCCUUACGAAUACAUGCAGGUGCCUAUAAGAACAAACAUUUCCAAGAAUCCACCUCCACAUAACAUUGAAGUUUUUGUUGGCAGUGCCUAUUUUGUCGUAAAUCGAGCGUUCGCCCAAUACGCUUUAAACAGUUCCCUUGCUAAGGACUUUUUGCAUUGGUCUAAGGACACCUAUUCCCCAGAUGAACAUUUCUGGGCCACCCUGACUCGCGUGCCAGGAAUCCCUGGAGAGAUUUCCCGAUCAGCCCAGGACAUCACUGACCUGCAGAGUAAAACCCGUCUGGUCAAAUGGAACUACCUGGAAGACCACCUCUAUCCCCCGUGCACCGGCUCCCACCUCCGCAGUGUGUGUAUCUACGGGGCAGCGGAACUGAGGUGGCUGUUGAAGUACGGUCAUUGGUUUGCCAAUAAAUUCGACUCCAAGGUGGAUCCCGUUCUCAUCAAAUGCCUAGCGGAGAAGCUUGCCCAGCAACAACAAGAGUGGGUCCGCUUGUCUUCAGAAAAGCUCUUUCUGUUGAAAAGUGCCCCCUCCACAUCCCUUUAAAAGCCUGCCCUGGGCGGGCCCUAUGGGCAUUGAAAAACCCAUGUUAACAGAUAAAGAGUCAUAGUAUCAUUAUAAUAAUGAUAGUGUGCUGCAUUUCCCCCCGGAGUAGUUGUUCAGGAACAUCCCUACUCACACUGUGACCUUAAUAUCUUUGCUAUUGUUCUCAGAGGUCAAAAGAGGCCCAGGGCUGGUGGGAGAGCUUGGGGGCUUGCUAGCAAAAUGCAUUUCAGAGAACUUUCUCAAUCCGAGUUAUGAAGAACAUUCCGUUUGUGAUCGCUUCUGUCACCUUCGCUUUCUGAACCUUGGAAAUGUUAAGAGUGAAGGACUACCCCUUGUCUGCUACCUCAAGAAAGUGUGAAGAGGUGUUCAGUUUCUUGCCAAGGCAGUUGGCACACCAUGUAGUACGUCAAAUUGGCGGAGGGCAUUGAGCCCCUUUUGGGGGUGUAGUUGAUUGAGGAUUGGGAGCAGGGAGUGUGUGUUCAGGAAGAUUCAUGGGAUUUUAUGGGCCACACUAUGCAGUGCGGUAAUCACGGGGCUGGGCUUUUCAGCGACCAGGGUUUCUUGAAAACCUAUUCUUGGCUUGAUAAAGUUUUACAUCUGCAGCUCUUCCUAAUGGCUAAAAGCCCUGUUAUCUUGACCACUGCAGAUAAGAUUUCGUAAUCUUGGGAACCUAGAAAAGGAUAUAAGCAAACGUUGGUGUCUAGAUAGACUGCAACCCAGCUCAGCCCAAGCGGCCUCUCACCAAUUAUAUUUUUCUAAGAACAUCCAUUUUUAACAAGCACACCAGGCGCGAAGACUAAAAAUGGAACUCCAUUUCUCCUAGCAGUCAACCCAAAGGUUGGAGUUACCUUAAAUGGCAAAAUAGGCUAGUUUGAUAUUUAUAGGGGUUGAGCCAGAUUUGCACGUUGGGUUUAUUUUUUUUUCUAAGUUAAUAGGGCUUAUUUUUUACAGUGCAGUAUCAUGGAAACUCUAGCAGACAGUGGUGUUUUAAAAUGAGAAUUGAUUAAGAUGUCAAGGAGUCAAAACAGGAGGCUUCCAGGAAACACAUUUUAACAAUUCAAGAAACAGUUUGUUCCUCUAUGAUAGAUAUAUACCUGUGGGUCCAAUGCUGUUUCUGUGGGUAGAACUGUCAAGCUAACAGUCACUGUAAAGUUUUCUGGAAAGAGGCAGUAUGCGUGAGAAGUGACAACUUUUCUAAAUUAAAUAACUGUAUCAUUUUAAAUUUGCUUUUGGGGAAAGUUUUCCUUGACACUUAUCUCCUAUGGAACAGUUCAAAUUUUUUAUUACUGUAGACGUUUCCAACCUCCAGAACUUCCAGAUAUCUCCUGUCCCUCCACCCUGCAUCACAUUACAGAAAAAACAUAUUUUUCUAAAACACCAAAUCAUUAGAGUAUAGAAAAUGUCCAGAUUCCACGCCUAAGUACUUUGUAACAUAGGUUACCUUGAAGGAGGAACUAUUUUUAAUGGUAUUUAUUGAGUGUUUACUAUGGGCUAAGGACUGGGAUCCUCUCCCAUUCUGGGCUCAUAAUCUAAGAGGUGGAGAGAGCAGGUCUCUUACCCCCCUUGUAUAGAUAAAGAAGCUGAGGCUCAGAGAAACUGUGACUUGCCCAAGGUCACACAGCAAGUUGGUGACUAGAACCCUGGUCUCCUGACUCCCAGUCCCAUGUGCUAGGUCACGCUGCCUCACUGUGAAGCUAAGCAAUUUUACCACGACUGGGUUAUACUUGAUGUGGGGGGAGUUUUAGGGAUGAGGUUGGAGAGUUUCACCAUUUCCCUCGGGAAGCUGCUGUCCUGAACCUGUCUCGGGUAUGAGAACAUCUCAGACGGGUGUACUGAGGCUAUGGGGAUGCUCUGGCCUCCGGCUCCCGUGGUCUGCAGUCUCUUUGGACGCGAGUGCUGACUGUAGUAGGGACCCCUUGGCAUUUUACUCCUCCCCAAGGCCCCAGACUGCAUACCCAGCAUCACUGCCAGUGGCCGGCUGAACGCCCCCUCCCCAAAAGCCUGCUCUUACUCUUGACACCCCUUCCUCCUCCCUGCCCAAGCCCACUCACCUCCCGGUCGGUAGCGGUGGUAAGGGGGUGGAAGCAGGGGCCACUGGGGUUCCGGUUUUUAACUUUCAGUACAAUGUGCUACUUAUGAUCUUUUGGGGUUGGGUGUUUUUUGGGGUUCUGGAGCCUGCCUCCGAAUUGACCAGAGGAGGCCCAACAGUGAUUUAGGCCAAAAUAAAACCAACACAUUUGAAGAAA